UCAGUCCUUGUUCUUGUGACCGGACACCGAGCAAAAGCCUAGACAUGACAACUUACACGGACAAAGGUGAAAAGCAUGACCAGGGCAGGUUCCUCUGCUUCGACCACAUCACCUUCUGGGUCGGCAAUGCCAAACAGGCGGCGUCCUACUACUGCAACAAGCUGGGCUUCCAGCCGCUGGCCUAUCAGGGACUAGAGACGGGCAGCCGCGACGUCGUGUCCCACGUGGUCAAGCAAGGGAAGAUCAUCUAUGUUUUCUCCUCGGCUCUGAACCCAGGGAAUAAAGUGAUGGGGGAGCACCUGGUGAAGCACGGUGAUGGAGUGAAGGACGUCGCCUUCACCGUAGAGGACUGUGACUUCCUCGUCAAGAAAGCCAUAGAGCGAGGGGCCAGCAUCAUUAAGGAGCCUCAUGUGCUGGAGGAUAAGUUUGGAAAAGUGAAGCUUGCUGUGCUGCAGACGUAUGGGGACACAACACACACGUUUGUGGAGCGGAUGGGCUAUAGUGGACUCUUCCUGCCAGGCUUCAAGGAGCCACUCUUCUGUGAUCCUCUACUGGAACAGCUGCCUGCUGGGAAACUCAACUUUAUUGAUCACGUUGUGGGAAACCAGCCUGAUGAUGAGAUGGUGCCUGUUGUUGAAUGGUACCAGAGGAACCUCCUGUUCCACAGGUUCUGGUCGGUAGACGAUAAGCAGCUGCAGACGGACUUCAGCGCGCUGCGUUCUAUUGUGGUGGCCAAUCACGAGGAGACCGUCAAGAUGCCCAUCAACGAGCCGGCCAUGGGCAAACGCAAGUCCCAGAUACAGGAGUACGUGGAGUACUAUGGAGGCCCCGGCGUCCAGCACAUCGCCAUGAACACCUCGGACAUCAUCGCCGCCAUCCGUAACCUGAAGGCGCGUGGGAUGGAGUUCAUGUGUGUGCCAGACACCUACUACCGGCAGCUGCAGCAGAACCUCAAGUGCUCCAGAGUGCACGUGGAGGAGGACCUGCGCGUACUGGAGGAGCUGAAGAUCUUGGUGGACUUUGAUGACAACGGCUACCUGCUCCAGAUCUUCACCAAGCCUGUUCAGGACAGACCCACAGUCUUCCUGGAGGUUAUCCAGAGACACAACCAUCAGGGCUUUGGGGCUGGGAACUUCAAGUCUCUGUUCGAGGCCAUCGAGGCUGACCAGCACGCAAGAGGCAACCUUACCAUCCUAACUCCAAACGGCCUGUCCGAAAAACUCUGAAACACACACACAUACAAACACACAUGGGUACGCACAAAUCAUGUUCACAUAAAAUACAUACAUACACUCACACACUCUCUCUCUCUCUCACACACACACACGCACAAAAGCAUGUUCACAUAAAAUACAUACACUCACUCUCACACACACACACACACAAAAAGGCAUGUUCACAUAAAAAUACAUAAUCUCUCUCACAAACUCUGUCUCUCGCUCUCUCACACACACACACACACACAGAGCCAUAUCAGUGCAUGUAUUCCAUGUAGAUCUACGCAUACGAUACGCACACACACUUAUGUUACAUUUGGCCAUAGAGAAACACGCACAUCAAUGCAAUCAAAUGCAGCAUUACCAUAUAUGCCAUGCUAUUAUUUCAACGUUACCAUAUGAAGUCAUGACUUUGAACAUGCUUAUGUAUUUGGAAAUCCAUUCUUGGCCUCAGACUAUUUCAUUCAUGGUUACUAAUCACAGUGAACAGAACAUCACCUCUAUUCCACAGAGAGUUCGCCGCAUUAGAUGGUGAAUGUUCUACUGUUUGGUGUUCUGUACCUUCUUACUGCAGCCACAAUACUCUCAGGCAUAUGCUACCUUAUAUGUUAUGCACAUGUUUCAUCAGUUUGUAUUAGUCAGUGAUUCUUUGUAUGAUAUUGCUUUCUUUUCUGUUCCGUUACCCUCUGCAGACAGAACACUGAGACUGUUACUAGGGCAACGCUGUUUACUCCCAAACCCACAUGCUAAUCGCUCAUGAAGUCAAGGCAAACUAGCCGCCAUUGUAACCACAUAGUGAACUCAUAGGCCUUUAGCCUGUCAAAGACAUGAAGUUACUAUUGAAUUCAUAGGCCUUUAGCCUGUCAAAGACAUGAAGUUACUAUUGAAUUCAUAGACCUUUAGCCUGCUAAACACAUGAAGUUACUAUUGAACUCAUAGGCCUUUAGCCCGCUAAACACAUGAAGUUACUAUUGAUUGAACUCAUAGGCCUUUAGCCUGCUAAACACAUACGGUUACUAUUGAAUUCAUAGGCCUUUAGCCUGCUAAACACAUGAAGUUACUAUUGAAUUCAUAGGCCUUUAGCCUGCUAAACACAUGAAGUUACUAUUGAAUUCAUAGGCCUUUAGCCUGUCAAAGACAUGAAGUUUUGAAUUCAUAGGCCUUUAGCCUGCUAAACACAUGAAGUUACUAUUGAACUCAUAGGCCUUUAGCCCGCUAAACACAUAACGUACUAGGCCUUUAGCCUAAACACAUGACGUUA